AUAAAUGAAAAUAAAACCCCUCUGGCACAAUAAGCAAAUUCAAUAAACUCUCUCUUUCACGAAUCUGUAACUUAGUGAUGACAAAAAUCUUACAUUUAUUACAUACUAUCAUAUAACUCAGGAGAACGAACAAUCUAUAAUUCAACUCUUCACAACCCCAUUGACCAAAAUCAUCAAUCACACUUCAAAAGGACCCUUCUUGUUAGUUCAGUUUUUUAAAUUGAGUUAUUAUUAUUCUUCUUCUUCCACAUUGCGGAGUGAGGUUCUCUGAUUUCGAUUGAGAUCUGAGAAGGGUUAUGAUGUCAAGAAGAGAGAUUGGUGAAUUAGAGAAGUUUGUUUUGUAGUGUUUGAGGUUUGGUGAAUGGCAAGAGACCAGUUCGAUUUGUUCUCCAUGAAAAACUGGAGAUGCUCUUGGUCUCUUGCCGCAUCAAUCGCUUCGGUUGUGGCAAUGGUUUCUGUUGUUCAUCUGUUCUUGUUCCCUUUGACACCCUCUUUCGAUUAUUUCAAGCUAGCUUCAGAUUCAUGCGUCUCAAAUAAUGUAUCAUCAGCAGAUUUAGUUAGCAACCAUGGCUUGGAAGAACCUGCAAUUGAUUUGAAGUAUCGGUUUCCAGCUGACUUGCACAGUUCAGUAGCUUAUAAGGGUGCACUGUGGAAGGCUGAGAUUGGCCGGUGGCUUUCAGGUUGCGAUUCUAUUACAAAGGAUGUCAACAUUUCUGAGAUAAUAGGCGGCAAUGACUGCAAAAAUGACUGCAGUGGCCUGGGAGUUUGUAAUCGAGAGUUGGGACAAUGUAGAUGCUUUCAUGGUUAUGUUGGAGAUGGAUGCGUUGACAUACAAGAGUUAGAAUGCAACUUUCCAGGAUCACUACAUGAGCCAUUUGGACGAUGGGUUGUAUCAAUUUGCCCAGCCAACUGUGACAAAACAAGGGCAAUGUGCUUCUGUGGAGAAGGAACAAAAUAUCCAUAUCGACCACUGGCAGAGUCAUGUGGGUUUCAAUAUAAUCAGCCUUCUGAACCUGGUGGUCCCAAAAUAGUGAACUGGACAAAAGUUGAUCAAGAUGUGUUCACAACUAAUGGUAGUAUACCAGGUUGGUGUAAUGUAGACCCAGUUGAUGCAUAUGAAGGAAAGGUAAAAUUCAAAGAGGAAUGUCAUUGCCCAUAUGAUGGUUUUAUAGGUCGAUUUUGUGAAGUGCCUGUUCAAUCCAUUUGCAUUAAUCAGUGCAAUGGACAUGGCCAGUGUCGUGGUGGAUUUUGUCAGUGUGAUAAUGGUUGGUACGGAGCAGAUUGCAGCAUUCCGUCAGUGAUAUCUUCUAUAAGAGAGUGGCCUAGUUGGCUUCGUCCUGCUCGGGUUGAUGUUCCUGACAAUAUUCAUGUCAGUGAAAAAUUAAUCAAUCUUAAUGCUGUGGUGGCAAAGAAAAGGCCUCUUAUAUAUAUUUAUGAUUUACCCCCUGAGUUCAACAGUCUACUAUUGGAGGGACGCCAUUUUAAGCUAGAGUGUGUAAAUAGAAUUUAUGAUGGCAAUAAUGCAACAAUAUGGACAGAGCAGCUAUACGGUGCUCAGAUGGCAAUUUAUGAGAGUUUGUUAGCUAGUCCUCAUCGAACUCUAAAUGGUGAAGAAGCAGACUUUUUCUUUGUUCCUAUUCUUGAUUCAUGCAUCAUAACUCGUGGUGAUGAUGCUCCUCACUUGAGUUUGCAGGAGCAUAGUGGGUUGAGGAGCUCUCUCACUUUGGAAUAUUCUAAAAAAGCGUAUUAUCACAUUGUCGAGCAAUAUCCUUAUUGGAAUCAUUCAUCAGGAAGGGACCACAUCUGGUUUUUUUCAUGGGAUGAAGGUGCUUGUUAUGCGCCUAAGGAAAUAUGGAACAGCAUGAUGUUAGUGCACUGGGGAAACACAAAUACAAAACAUAACCAUUCAACCACAGCCUAUUGGGCUGAUAAUUGGGAUACAAUUUCGUCUGAUAGAAGAGGCAUUCAUCCGUGCUUUGACCCUGACAAAGAUCUCGUACUUCCUGCUUGGAAAGUUCCUGAUGCUAACAUGUUGACUAUGAAACUUUGGGCUCGGCCCCGUGAAAAGCGGAAGACACUGUUCUACUUUAAUGGGAAUUUGGGACCAGCUUACCCUCAUGGAAGACCGGAAUACUCGUAUAGUAUGGGUAUAAGACAAAAGUUAGGAGAAGAGUUUGGAUCAAGCCCCAACAAGGAUGGAAAACUAGGGAAACAACAUGCAGAAGAUGUCAUCGUGACCCCAGUACGUUCUGAUAACUAUCAUGCAGAUAUAGCAAACUCUGUUUUCUGUGGAGUGUUUCCUGGUGAUGGUUGGAGUGGACGCAUGGAAGACAGUGUUUUGCAAGGAUGCAUUCCUGUGGUCAUUCAGGAUGGAAUUUUCCUACCAUACGAAAAUGUACUCAACUAUGACAGCUUUGCUGUUCGAAUACCCGAAGAGGAAAUUCCCAACAUGAUAAAGAUUCUUCGGGGAUUCAAUGAUACAGAAAUCAAUUUGAAGCUAGCAAAUGUUCAGAAAAUCUGGCAAAGAUUCUUGUAUCGUAAUUCUAUUUUGCUUGAAGCUGAAAGGCAAAAAACAGCUUUUGGACAUGUUGAUGAUUGGGCAGUUGAAUUCUUAAGAUUGACAGAGGAUGAUGUCACCGCCACUUUAAUACAGGUUUUGCAUUACAAGUUACAUAAUGACCCUUGGAGGAAACUAGUUGGACACAACAAGAAGUUUGGAUUACCUAACCAAUGUGUGUUAAACACCAACUGAGGAGGAGUAAGGGAAUUAAUUGAAGGAGUCAAGGUUAAAUGUGUAAAAAAGGUGAAGAUCAAGUUCCUAAAAGAUGCUACCAUCUUCAGUUCAGCAAAUCAUUUAACCAGAGUGGACACAUGAAUUUUUGCCUUCUCACAUUAAAUGUGUGCAUGUAUAAGUGAAUUUUGAGUUACUCUUUUUAUAUGUGUUUGUCUCUCAAGCUGUUUCACCGUAGAAUUGUAAAAUAACAAGUGCGUGUGCUUGGUUAAAUGCACAUAAUUCAUUUAUUUAAUAUAUUUAAUUAA